AUGAGUCUCUGCCUAGUAGGCGCCGGUCCAGCUGCCGCUUAUUUCUUACAAGAGAUUCUCAAAAGAAACACUAAUCUCCAAAUCGAUGUCUUUGAAAAGAAUCCGUAUACACUCGGACAUUUACGCACUAGUGUAGCUCCCGAUCAGUAUGGGGUCCGACAAACCAUUCCCCAUCUAGAAACCGUUUUCCAGCACCCACGUGUCAAGCUCUUCACCGGAGUUGAAGUAGGCAAGGACAUUCAACUAAGCCAAAUCCAGCACCACUACUCAGCCAUUGUUCUAGCUACAGGUGCACAAGCCCCACAAAGUCUUACUAUUCCCGGGGCCCAUCUAACUAUCUCAGCCGAUAAGCUCAUGAAACAAAUCAACAAUUUUCCUUCCCCACCUACUAUUCCUCCCCUGCAAGGCCAUAUAGCUAUCAUCGGUAAUGGCAAUGUCUCCCUAGACAUAGCUCGCAUUCUUCUCAAAGCCAACACACUUAAAUCCACUUCCAACUACUUAGCCAAUACCCAAGUCAACAAAAUCACCAUCAUCGGCCGCAAUUCUCCUCUCCAGGCCAAAUUCACUCCACCCGUUCUAGCCGAAACUCUACCAGCCGCCCAAAAAGUCACAAUCUCCCCGGCAACUCUUCAUUGGAUGCACACUCUUCCACCCCAACCCCGUCCACAACAGCGCAAGAUAGACCUUCUCCACCGAGCAGCCACAUCUACCCCCACUAAUUCAACCAACUCAACCACUACCACCCCCACUAAUUCAAAUACAUUACCACCCAAGGAACUUGAGUUUCUCUUCUGGCAAACCCCCAUCCAAAUCAUCGCCCCACCAACACCCUCUAAUUCAGUAUCAUCUAACUCAGUACCAUCUAACUCAGUAUCAUCUAAUUCAGUAGCAUCCCCUCUCCAACUAGUCACCAGAACAUCAUCCAAUACCAACAACACUAACAAUAUCACAUCUACUAAUACCACUAACACUAACAAAACCAACACAUCUACUAAUACCACUAACACUAACAAUAUCACAUCUACCAACACUAACAAAACCAACACUAACAAAACCAACACAUCUACCAAUACCAAUACCAACACUAACAAAACCAACACAUCUACUAAUACCAAUACCAACACUAAUACCAAUACCAAUACCAACACCAACACAUCCUUAUCAAACCAAACCCCACCAAACCAAACCUCAUCAUUAUAUAACACCAUAUCCACUUCUAAAUACACUGCCAUCAUUGCGGCCCUCGGUUAUAAACCCUAUACUUCCCUCUCUCUAGACAAACAUCUAACUAAAAACUUAACCAUCCCAGUAUACCAACUCGGAUGGACCAACCAACAAGCUCAAGGCAACCUCAGUGACGCUUUUAUUACCUCUACUACUCUAGCCAACCAUCUUUCCCGCCUGAUUUAG